AGGCGGUGAGGUGCCAGAAGCAGAGACUGCGGUGGACGAAGCCAUGUGUGAAGAUGCUCCAAAGGCGACUGAAGACACCGGCUUGUUAGAGCAGGAGGAAGCGUCAGAAGACGAGGAGGGCAAGGGCGCAGAAGGCAGCGCAGCGGCCCCGGCCAACGCAGAGGAGGCCAUGAUUGACGACGAGCCUCCCAAGGCAUCGGCAAAUGCGUCAGAUGCAGCGGCAUUGGCAGAUUUGCCCUUCACACCCAAGGAAGUUUCAAGUCAGCUGUGCAUGGCGCGCACUUGGAAUAGCGGCAUGGGUGGACAGUGCCGGAUGAGCCCUACCAAGGGCUCGGACUUUUGCACCAGGCACGGCAAUAAUGAUGCAUGGCAGGUGCAUGGUCGUUUAGAUGGUCCAAUUCCAGAGAAGAAGCUGAAAGAGUUCGAGAAGGCAGCGCGCACGAGCAGCAAGCCCAAAGCGGCAUCCGACAAAGGGGAGCGAUGCAAGAGGGCCAAGCUGUCUGGCGUGUCUGCUUCCAGGGCUUCUGAAGAUGCAGAUGUCGAUGUGCCUGCCUCGUCCAGAGCAGUGAGGGCCAAGCGUCAGGACCAGGGCACUGUGCUGUCUGACGAGGAAACAACAGCAGAAUCGCAGCCACGCAACAAGUCUGCUGGCCAUUCGGGAUUGAAGAGGAGAGCCACAUCCACCAAAGCGCCCAGGGAGAAGAAGGUGCCUGCAAAGCUGCCCAAGCCAGCCAAGGCCAAGUCGGCCAAAAGCAGUGGAGCCAAAGCGAAGGGCCCCAAAUGCACCUGUGGGAAGCCGAUCCACAGCGAGAAGUGCAAGCUUUUCGGACUGGGCUUUUUGCAUUCCCAGAAGCGCUUCGCUGUCCCUAGCAGGCCGAGCGUCACGGCUUCGCCCGGAAGGGCCUUGCCCCCACCCUCGGUGCAGCUUUCCCGCGCAGCCCGCGAACAGGUGACAAAGAUCAGUGAGGAGAUAGCGCAGUUGCCAGAGCACCAGCGGAAGGUGGCAUGGAAGAACCAGAUGCGCAUGUUCCAUCCGGACAAGUGCAACCAGUCGGGCUCUGUUUUUCCCAACCUCUCCGAAGAGCAGAUGAACGAGGUUUUCGUGGAGAUCAAGCGGCGUUACGACUUUGCCAUGCAGGAGCAGCAGAAUGACCUCAUUCCACCGGCACGGCAAUUCUGGGGCUGCGGUACGCGAUAGUGCUGUUUUCACACAUUGUCCUGAUGCCGUGGAUGGGGUUCGCUCGCGUCAGG